GUUCUUCACUACACUAGCUAUAUUAGCUAUACGCAACGUAGCUGGUGUGUACUGGUGUGUGCGUUCUUUUUGGUUUUUUUUUUUUCGGAAGCAGCCCACGGUGCAUCAAGAUUUUUGUUUUGUUGCUGUACGUCUUUCACGGUGAGCUGCCAUGUCGUACAUGCUGCAGCAUCUGCACAAUGGCUGGCAAGUGGACCAGGCCAUCCUGUCGGAGGAGGACCGGGUGGUGGUCAUCCGCUUCGGCCACGACUGGGACCCCACCUGCAUGAAGAUGGACGAGGUGCUCUACUCCAUCGUGGAGAAGGUGAAGAACUUCGCAGCCCUCUACUUGGUGGACAUUUCCGAGGUGCCAGACUUCAACAAGAUGUACGAGUUGUACGACCCGUGUACAGUGAUGUUUUUCUUUCGCAACAAGCAUAUCAUGAUUGACUUGGGUACGGGCAACAACAACAAGAUCAACUGGGCCCUCGAGGACAAGCAGGAGAUGAUUGACAUCAUCGAGACCGUGUACCGAGGAGCUCGCAAGGGUCGCGGUCUGGUCGUCUCACCCAAGGACUACUCCACCAAAUACCGAUAUUGAGUGUUGUGGAAGCAUAGCUGGACCCUGUUGUCAUGUGAUCUCGUUUUCAGGGGUGAAGGAUUAAAAGCUUUCGCCGUCUCGUU